GAGCGGAAGAAAAAUUAAGUUGUCCAGUCCCGAACCACAAGUUUGCUGGAUUAGAGAUAUCCAAGUCUACAGGAGUAGAAUCCUGGCAAGCUUGUGCUGUUAUUUGUCAAGCUGCUACCUCAUGUGAGAGAUUUACUUGGUUUUCUGAUCGGCAUUCUUCUCAACCUCUACAAUGUUCUCUUUUCUCUGGUUCCUGGGAUGUUCUGGAAAAACAUCAGUUUGCCAUCUCGGGACGAGGAAAUUGCGGGUCGACUACUUGCCAUGAUCCUACCACGAUUCGUAAUACUGGAUUUGGAUUGAAACCUCAUGAACUAUUUGGUGAGGUUUGUGAAAACAUCAGAGGGGAUAAAUGGUGGACUGAGAGAAAUCAAGUUGGGAGUCAUUCUUCAUUUGGUCUGGAUUAUGGAUGUCCAAGACAGUUUACCAAGAUUAGAAUUAUAAACUCUCAUCAUUUGGAGCAAAAUUUUUGCGGGAUUAAGGACUUUACAGUGUUUGGGUCAAAUGACAUGAUACACCAUGAAACCCUGGUAUCAGGGAGGCUCACUAACCCUUUAGGACUAGGAUGUGAGGUCCCUGUUGAUAUAUAUACUCUUCAAUCAAAAAAGAAAUAUCAAUAUCUUAUUUUUCAAGCAGAAUCAUUUAAUGAUCCAGUAAAGCCUUAUAUGACACUGGCAUCCUUUAACCCAGAAUAUGUAAAAGACCCAUUUGCCUACUGGACCUGUGCUGAGAAAUUGCCAGCGAAAAACAAUAUCAAGGUAAAAACUGAUGCAUAUUCUGCCUUUUUGACUCUACGAACCUGUGCAGAACUGUGUAGGGGGAGAGAUUAUAGAUAUUUUUCGCUCAAGUUGUCUGAGUGCUAUUGUGCGAAUAAUUUCCCCUCUGAUUAUCCUAAUGGAGUUAAUUUUGAAGACUGUUCCUAUCUAGAAUAUCCGAUUUUUGAAUCGAGCAAGUUCCCCCUAGUUUCCUCUUGUGCUGAACUAUACUUCCAGCACCAGGUUUAUGCCUGGGAUCAAUUCAAGAUUAGUGCUUCAUCUUCAAACCAAAUCAGUGUAAAAUGUGAUUUCUCUGAGCCAACACGUAGAUAUGGAUCAAGUUCAGAUGCAACUGCAGAGAAAUUUGCCCACAGGGCAAUUUUGCUGGCGGAUGAGAAAUCUUUGUCAAAUUCGACAGACAAAAUCUUGAUUUACACCACACAGUCAGCUAAAAGAGUUUUGAAGUCAUCCCUGUAUGAGUAUCCGGAACUCACAUUUCCUUUAACUCCUGGAUUUGGUUGGAACUUCAGGACAGAGGAUAAUAUUCUCUUUGAGUUCGGGAAACGAUCUGCUAUGAUCUGGGGAUUGUACUUUAUCAAAACAGAGUUUAAAGAACCAGUAACUCUCAGCUUCAGAAUUGGCUACUAUGAAGACACUUUUUACAAGCAUAAGAGUGAGCCUGAAGAAUGGAUAAGCCCUGCUAGAAAACUUCCCUCAGACGGAGAUUUUUUUGAUAUGACAAUUGAUCCUGCCGAUCUUGAUAACGCUGGUGUUAUUUAUUUCAAUGAUCCCGCAUUUGCAACAUCUACAAUGUCUUUUGUUGCAAGUAGGGUUGAAGUACAACUUCUUAGUGGUCCAAAAACUUUAUUUUUUGAUUUUGUUGGAACAUUUUUUGAGUUUGAUGACGCAGUGGAUGGGAAAAUAGGAAGUAAAGAUUAUGAUUUCUACAAUAAAUCCAUUGGAACCUACAUAUUAAAAGAUGAUGUGAAAACAAGAGAUAUCAGCACAAAUUAUUCUCCUGAAGACUGCAGUUAUCAGUGUGGUGGUGACGAGAAUAAGAACAUCUACUACGCUGUUAGGAAGCUGAAUGAUGACAACUACAGAUGCGCCUGUAUUGGUCGAGAUCUAAGUUUAAUACUAGGAGGUGGAUAUACACCUUCUGCAUCAAGUUCUGUACUCUGCACCUUGGAAUAUGACAAAGCAUUAACAGAUCCUCUAGAUGCAGAUGUACACCUCAAUAGUUUUCUAACAAAAUACUACACAGGGCUGAGGACAACAGCUGAAAUGACCUCCGGGGCUUUAUUAAACAUAUGUAAUAUGGCCCGGAGGGUUGACAUCGCUGCUUUGUACAUGAUCCAUUUCUUAGGAAAGAGCACAGAGUAUAUCUUGAUGGAAUAUACAUUUAAUUUAACGGCAAACUACAUCUACCCAGGGAGCAAUGACAUGAUUCCAAAAAAUUUGAAAGAUUAUCCAAACCUAGAGCAAGGUUUCUGGACUGUAGUUACUCAGUUCACUGCUGAAACAGAAUCAACUUUAAGCAGUAAAUCGAGAAACAAGGUCUGGUGCACUGAGCGAGCUUAUGCAGUCUAUUUACACUGUGUUUCCUCAAUCAAAAUAUGCAGUGAUACAGAUUUGAACAGCAAUUUUAAGAAAACUCAACGCUGUAGAAAUCAAAUUUGGAAGUAUUUUCUCGAACUUUGUAUUAGACUGCUUAAUCAAGAAAUAAGUAGACCAAGUGGUCCUGAAUCCAACUGUAUUAACACAAACUAUACCAGCGUAUAUCCGUUUGAUCUUUACAGACGAUGGAAUUUUGACUGCCCUGAACUUUCCGAGGUUCUUUAUCAAUUUGCAACUCCAGAUAACGAGGGUGGAUAUCUACAGCUGAGGACUGCACCUAAAGAGUUUGAUAACAAAUACAGAAUCCCAGGAACUGUUCAGCGCUAUACUUGCAGUGAAGGAUGGGCUUUGUCUAACAGAUCCAACCCUAAUCAGGAUUUUCAAUGCCUAGGAAACCGUAAAGCAGUUUUCAUUGCUUCUGAAAUGUGUGUUCCGUUCAAAUGUAAGGAUGCUCCAUUUGUACCAAAUACAACUGAUAAGAUGAGUCAUACCUGGAAUAUGAGAUCAACCAACUUUGGAACAAACAUAACCUACCAAUGCCUAGCUGGGAAUGCGAUGAAAGACAUGAAAGGAAACUGGACAAACAUCAUUUAUAAUCUUUGUGGAUAUCAGGAGAAGGAUCAAUAUGAUCCAUAUUUUCGUUAUAAUAGCUCUAAUCCUUUAUCUGCUUGUCAACCUCAUUGCUUGGAAUCGUCGUUACCACCUUUACCGGAAAGGGCAUCAUUAACCUAUUCUGGUACAGAUAACAGUAUAGGACAAGUAGCAAAGUAUAUUUGUGAACCAGGCUUUGAAUUCUCAGAGGCAAUAGUUUUAGUCACACCUAUACCAACAACUACAACAACUACAACAACUACGACUACAACAACUACGACUACAACAACUACAACAACAACUACAACAACCACAACUACUACCACUACAACAAUAACCACAACUACAACAACUACAACUACUACGACAACUAUAGACACGACAUCAACCACUACAACAACAACUACAACAGUACAACAGCGUGUUCAAAACUUUUGGGAGUGCUGUCAUACCGUGAUCUGGGGUGGAGAUGAAUACCAUCGUUCAGAUAGCCAAUAUACUAAAGAUUCUGAUAACUAUAUCAAAGUGUCUUCUCAAAGUAAUGUGUGGAAAGUUUAUCGCGCGGGAAAUGGUAAUUCCAAAUCCACGCUGUCUAGAUCAGAUACUAACCCACCUCCAGUUUGUCCGCAUGAGGCUACUGGCUGGGAUAAUGGUGCACCUGUUUGCAAAGCUUCAAGAAAAAAGAAACGACAGGUAGAAGAAUCUACAACUUCAGCAGAUACCAGCACUGCUGGAGUAGUUACAACUCUUGCAAUAGCUGGAAGUACCACAAUAUUUGGAACCACCACCACAGCAGAUUCCAGCACUGCCGGAGCAACCUCCACUUCCACAAUAACUGGGAGCACUACCACAUCAGAAUCCAGCACUGCUGGAUCAAUCAACACUAACACAAUAACUGGGAUCACUGCUGCAGCAGAUGUCAGCACUACUGUGGGGGUAGUGACCACAACAGCAACAAUAGCUGGAAGCACCACCCCAACAGAUAUAAGCAUUGCAGGAGUAGCUACCACAACAUUAAUAGCUGGAAUUACUACCACAGUGCAGAUGGAUGCCAGUUCUGCUGGAGUAACCACUGCCACCACAGUAGCUGGAAGCACCACAGCAGCAGAUGCAACCAUAUCAGGAGUAGCUACUACAGCCACAAUAGCUGGAGUUGACACAUCAAUACUAACUGAAAGCACUACUGCAGCUGGAGUUUCCACUACUACCACAAUUGCUGCAAGCCCCACUACAUUAUCAGCCCUAGAACAGCAGCUAUUAAGAGAACGAGAAAUGACAUGUGUAUCCUGGCAGGGAGGGGAGGCAGCCUACUGGAAAUAUGACUAUGAAGUUCCACCUGUUUGCAACAGAGUAAACUGUAGUAGUGAGGAAUUGCCUCAUAUUGCAAAUCCACAAUCUGAUGUUUCUUUGCACCAGUGGGAUAGAAACUUAACAUACUUUGAAAUACAAAUUAGAUAUAAAUGUUCUGAGUAUGGAAAACAGUUCAAAUUAGGCAACGGAUCAUUUACUCGAUAUUACACAGUAUCAUGUCAAGCAAACAAGACCUGGACCUCACAGACUUUUGCUUAUCCUUGUGAAUGGGCUUUGUGUAAUCUCCCGCCAGAACCUGAUAAUUCAACCAAUGUUGAAUUAUUAUGGACUCCUGCUAACCCCCCCAGACACAAUGAAUCUGUUAUAUACAGUUGCAUUUCUCAUGAUGGAUUUAAGUUCGUUAAUAAUGAGAAUAAGACUUCAAUGGAACUGAAGUGUUUGCCAGGAAACAAGUUUGAAAAUAUCUCCCUUCCUGUGUGUGUUAAUGUGACAUAUUGUGAUCCAAUAACUCUUGAAACAUCGGAAAUAAUAUCCAAUGCAAGUGGGAACGUAACAGAUGGGAGUAACAUUAGUUGGAGUUGUAAAGAUCAAAGAUAUUUGGCAAGAUUGAAUGGUUCUAAUGAUAAGCCAACUCUAAAUAUAGCAGCAACUUGUGAUUGGUACAAUCAGUUUAAUAUUACUCCUAGAGAUUUGGUUUGUAUAAUUGAUCAUUGCGGUCAUCCACACCAGGGCAUUGGUUCUCAUCUACCACCUCCUACAGAAAAUGCUUUAACCCUCAUAGAAACUAAUUUUACAAAAGCACACAAUGUUCAUUUAGGACAUUUUGUGACCUAUAAGUGUAAACCUAAUGCAUAUUUUGAAAAUGAAGAAAUAGAUCCAACCAUGACAAAUACAAGCAUUAAAUGUUUGGAUUCAAAUGGUACAUACCAAGUUCCUGAUAAAUGGCCCAAUUGCACUGCAACUGUGAGUUGUGGCAAGCCCAUAGAUCCGCCUAUAAAUGGUAGCAUAGUCUGGCUUAAUGGAACAAAUAAUGAGGAUACAUACAACACUUGGGUGCGGUAUUCAUGUCAGGAUGGUUUGCAAUUUGACACCGAUGGAAUAGAUGGAGGGGACUCAAGAUAUCUCUACUCAAGAUGUCAAUGGAAUAAACAGUGGUCUCCUUACAAUACCACACUUCCACCAUGCAAAAUCACACACUGCAUACAUCCAUAUCCUAUUCCAGCAGAUUCAAAUCUAAAGGAAGUUACAAGUAAUUGGACGUAUAUUCGUAAAUACAAGCAAUAUGAAUGCAAAAACAAGAGAACCAGUGAUAACCUGCCUACCAUGUUUUGGGAAACUGAUAGAACUAAAUCAACAUUUUCUAUAUUGUGCAAAGAGGAUGGGACAUAUGAGUUUGAGAAUAAAAGAGAAAACUGGCCAACAUGUGUUUCUGACAUUAAUUGCACAGAUUUCCCUCCAGAAAUUCCAACAAAUCCAGAGUAUGAACUUAAUAAAGAUGAUGGUAGGGUUUUGGUCGAGCGCUUAGUUUAUCCUCUUCCAUCAGAUCUAAUAAAAGAAACCUUAACUUCAGAAGUUAACAAUUCUUUAAUACCACGAAAUUACAAUGUAAAACUUAGGUAUAAAUGCGGCGCAGCACGACAGUUUAAGAAAGAAGAUGGAACUCCUCAGGAACUUAUUACCAUGAUAUGUCAAUGGAAUAAAACAUGGACACCUUCUAAUCAUCUUUUGGAAUGUGAUUGGUUUGAGUGCUUAAGGCCACCAAUACCCCCAAAAGAGUCUAAUCUGAUGUUAACGGAUUGGUUUGGUGAAACCAUACCUUUUGGAGGGAAGGCUAGGUAUGUGUGUAAGCGAGGUAUGAUGUUUGAACAAGAUCCAGCCCAAAAGGAUGUUAAAUACACAUGCCAGGAUGGAGUUAACCCCAAGUUAAGAGGAUUUUUUAAUGUGCCCUCUGAACCUUCAGACUGGCCAAGAUGUGUAGAUGCUCCACUUUGUCCAACACCAGUGGCAGUUCCUAUUGAGGGUACAAUGAAGCAUAAUCCUGCUGUUUUUAAAAUUACUCCUGAGACUUCAUGUGCUCUUGAUGGUGAUGUUAUUCAAAUACAGUGCCACUCUUUCCUAGCCAUAUAUGUGCAAUCAGCCUACUUUGGAAGAUACAAAGAUAAUGUGAGAAACCUUUGCAAUAAGACCAAAGGAACAGAUGCAAGAGCCCCUGGGAAUGAUUGCAUCAAUAAAACUAUAAUUAACAUGUUUAAAUCAGAAUGCCAUGGACAGUUUAACUGCUCUCUAAGCUUUCCAGCAGAUGCAUACCCCCUCUCAAGUGAUUGCUUAGCAAUGAGAAGAGAAAUAGGAUAUUCGCACAUAUGCGUUGGAUGCUUUCCUUGGCAUGACUUGCUUACACCUGACAGCUGUGUACAUGACAGCCUAUUUUACAAUGAAUGGGAAUCCCCUGAAGUUCUUGCAGCAAAAUCUGAACCUGAUAAAAAGUCUUUGCUGAUUAUGAAACUGUAUCAGAAACUGAAUAGUUCAGUGCACAAUCUUGUUGAUCUUAGCACAAGGGACAUUAAUGGUGAUACAGAAAGUCUUUGUGGGCUUAGUGCUUUGUACAUGGCCCUAGAAAAUACCAUUUUAACAAAAUCCCAGCUUGCUACCUUUAGCUAUUCUAAUCUACGUCAAUCAAUCUUUAAAGAAAUGAAUUUAACAGAGGACACAACAAAAACUGACAAAGAUCUACUAGAAAAAUAUUUCUCAGCUGUCUGCAAUGGAAAGGGUCAAGUUAAUGUAAGAACCAAACCACUUGAUUUCAAUACAACUGAAACUACUGCUGUUGAAUCAGAAAAAGAAAUUGCACUCAGAACAUUUGGUUCAUCUUUAACAUAUGAAUGUGGAAUUGCAAGAGAAUUCAAAGAUCCUUCAAGAAAAUCCUUGUACAAGCAGCGAAUAAUAGAAUGCAACUGGAAUGGUACCUGGACUCCUGUAAAUGCUCUUGAUAAAUGUGUCUGGACUGCUUGUCUGUAUCCUCCUGAGCCACCUGAGUAUACAGGCUUGAAAUCUAACUGGAAUGGAAGCCAGGUGCCUUUCCUUAGUUCUACAGGAUACUCUUGCAAAUCAGAUGAUCUUUUCUUUGAAAUUGAUAAAUCUUUAAAAGUAUGGAAUCUUACUUGCCUAACAGAUGGUUCUUUUACACCCCCUAACUGGCCAAGUUGCUUCAAAAGUGUGAACUGUACUCAACCUCCUCAGAUGCCACCUGCUGGGACUUGGGAAUGGAACGGAAGCUACAAAUAUGGUACUAGAAUAAAAUAUAGUUGCGGACCGUAUGGUAAGUUUGAGUUGGAGGGUGGAAAAUUGACAAAUGAGAUCUAUUCUGAAUGCUCAUGGAACAAAAGUUGGACUCCAGCAGUUCUCCCAACCUGUGUAGCUACUGCAUGUCCAGAUAUACCCUUCCCUCCUAAAGAGAUUGGUAUGGUUUAUGCUCCUGAUAAUAAGAACAAUAUGACUCUGGUCUCAGAAUUUACCGUCUACAACCCAACUUUGCCAAAGUCUGUAAAAUUUCCACAGAAUGUUCCUGGGAAAAAUCAACUGUUGGUUGAGGGCAAAAUUCCAUCGAAAUCCAAAACGAAACUCGAGAUCAUAAUGCAUGGGACAGGUCCAGGGGAAGAAUCACUUCAUCUUCUUAUUGAUCCUGAACUAGAUUACAUAAAGCGAUGGAUAGUUGCUCAGGGUACUACGGUUUAUGAAAUUGGAGCUCCAUUAGAUGGAACUACUAUUGACUUUGAUGAACCAUUUAUCAUAAAGCUAAGCUGGGAUGAAGAUGGUUGGAUAUUAAAGGUGAAUGAUGAGGUCCCCUACCCUCAUCUCCUUCAUGUUAUCCCUUUGUCAAAUGCUACUUCUGCAGAGAUCAGGGGGUCUGCACUUAUUAGUUUUGUCGGGUUUGUAUCUAAUGGAGAAAGUGCAGCUCCACCAGUAGGGUUUAAUCUAACCUUCUCCUGUCCCCCUGGCAUGGUGUUUGAUGAGGAUUGGUUUGCUAUUCCUUUUGUAAUGAUGACCUGUCAGAAAGAUGGUGCUUUUGACAAUAUUCCAGACUGGGAUAAUUAUAACUGUGUUUAUCCUACAACAACAGAAUGUUUUGAUUGUACAACAACAAGUAAGAUUUACAUAUUUAUUUUUAAAAUUACAAAUGACCUAACAACUAAAAUUUCAAUAGUAUUUUUAAAUAUGUUUCCUCUUGAAUAGAUACAUAUCUAAUAUAUAUCAUUUGGGAUAGAAACA